AUGGCAUCUCAACCCCCAGAAGAAUCCCUCAAAACCCACGUCGCCGCCUCAGAAGCCCGACGCCUAGUCCAAGACAUCCUCAAAGGCAACGGCGUCCCAGAAGAGAAUGCCGCCAUCAUCGCCCGCUGCCUCGUCGCCGCCGACCUCCGCGGCGUCGACACCCACGGCAUGAACCGCAUCCCCUCGUACAUGGAGCGCAUCCGCCAGGGCGUACUCAACGCCAGCGCACAGCCUGUCGUGAAUCAAGUGACGCCGGCUGUUGCUCAAGUUGACGGAAAGAAUGGGUUUGGCUUUGUUGCGGCUUACAAGGGUAUGGCUGCUGCUAUUGAGUCUGCUCGUGUGUUUGGUAUUGGCAUGGCUAGUAUCAAGCAUUCGAAUCACUUUGGUAUGAGUGCCUGGGUCGUUCAGCAGGCUCUCGACGCAGACAUGAUGAGUCUUGUAUUCACAAACUCGAGUCCUGCUCUGCCUGCCUGGGGCGGCAAGAGUAAGCUCAUGGGCGUGUCCCCCAUCGCCUGUGGUGCACCAGGCAAAGGCCCAAUGGAGAACUUCAUCCUCGACAUGGCGCCCUCAGUAGCAGCUCGAGGAAAGAUCUACAAAGCCAAGCGACGCGGCGAAAAGAUUCCAUCCGACUGGGCCCUCGACUCCGAAGGACGCCCAACCGAUGACCCGGAGGCUGCCCUCGGAGGCGUCAUGCUCCCCAUGGGAGGACCCAAGGGUUCAGCCCUAUCCAUAAUGAUGGACGUCUUCUCAGGCGUUCUCUCCGGCUCAGCCUUUGCCGGACAUGUCACAAACCCCUACGACCCAUCCAAGCCCGCAGAUGUCGGCCACUUUCUAGUCGCCAUCAAGCCAGAUCUAUUCAUGAGCUUGGACGAGUUCCGCGAGAGGAUGCAGUAUCUGUACGAGAGGGUGGUGGGUUCAGAGAAGGCGGCCGGUGUAGAGAGAAUCUAUUUUCCGGGCGAGAUUGAGCAGUUGGCCCAGAAGGAGAGGGAAGAGAAUGGGAUUCCGCUUGUGCAGGCUGAGAUUGAUGCUUUGAAUGAGGAGGCGAGGAAGGUUUCUGCAGACACUUUGGUCACAAUGAAGGAUUGA